AAAAGCGGUUUACACUAGAGGGCCGAUGUGAAAAGAGGAAGAAAAACAAAACAAAACCAGAAAGCACUGCGAAGCGCUGAGGCUCCGGAAUAUCUCAAAAGCUCAACUCUCGGUGGCAGAGCUGCAGAACUCAUCCUGCCUGUCUCCAGGGUUCUGCAGGGACGGCACCCGGGCGCUGCGAUGGCGCUCCGCGGGACUCCUCGGCGGCGCAAAGUUCGCGGGCGGAGAGAGAUGCUACCGCAGCAAGUUGGCUUCGUGUGCGCGGUGCUGGUCCUGGUGUGCUGUGCGUCCGGCCUCUUCGGCAGCUUAGGGCACAAAACAGCUUCUGCAAGCAAACAUACUCUACAAGACACAUGGAGAAACAGAAAGCUGAUGGCACCUGUGAACGGGACUCAUACGGCUAAGAACUGCACAGAUCCUGCGAUUCACGAGUUCCCCACGGACCUGUUCUCCAACAAGGAGCGACAACAUGGAGCUGUCCUGCUGCAUAUCCUCGGGGCGCUCUACAUGUUCUAUGCCUUGGCCAUAGUGUGCGAUGACUUCUUCGUUCCAUCGCUAGAGAAGAUCUGUGAAAAACUUCACCUGAGUGAAGAUGUGGCUGGAGCCACGUUCAUGGCUGCCGGAAGCUCGACCCCUGAGCUGUUUGCCUCUGUCAUUGGUGUCUUCAUCACCCAUGGAGACGUCGGGGUGGGGACCAUCGUGGGCUCUGCUGUGUUCAACAUCCUGUGCAUCAUUGGAGUGUGUGGACUGUUCGCUGGCCAGGUGGUCCGUCUGACGUGGUGGGCUGUGUGCCGAGACUCCGUGUACUACACGCUCUCUGUCAUCGUGCUCAUCGCGUUUAUCUAUGAUGAAGAAAUUGUGUGGUGGGAAGGCCUGGUGCUCAUCAUCUUGUACGUGUUUUACAUUCUGAUCAUGAAGUACAAUGUGAAGAUGCAAGCCUUUUUCACCACCAAACAAAAGAGCAUUGCCAAUGGCAACCCCGCCAACAGCGAGCUGGAAGAUGGUAAUGACUUCUAUGACAGUAGCUAUGAUGACCCUUCCGUGCCAUUGCUGAGGCAAGUGAAGGAGAAGCCGCAAUACGGCAAAAACCCCGUGGUGAUGGUGGAUGAGAUCAUGAGCUCCAGCCCUCCCAAGUUCAGCUUCCCGGAAGCCGGCUUACGCAUCAUGAUCACCAAUAAAUUUGGGCCCAGGACUCGACUACGGAUGGCCAGCAGGAUCAUAAUUAACGAGCGGCAGAGACUGAUCAACUCGGCGAACAGUGUGAGCAGCAAGCCGCUUCAGAACGGGAGGCACGAGAGCAUGGAGAACGGGAAUGUUCCCGGGGAGAACCCUGAGGACCCCCAGCAGGACCAAGAGCAGCAGCCGCCACCGCAGCCACCACCCCCUGAGCCAGAGGCGGUGGAGACCGUCUUCCUGUCCCCCUUCUCCGUGCCAGAGGCCAGAGGGGACAAGGCCAAGUGGGUGUUCACCUGGCCCCUCAUCUUCCUCCUGUGUAUCACCAUUCCCAACUGUAGCAAGCCCCGCUGGGAGAGGUUCUUCAUGGUCACCUUCGUCACCGCCACUCUGUGGAUCGCCGUCUUCUCCUACCUCAUGGUGUGGCUGGUGACUAUCAUCGGGUACACACUGGGGAUCCCCGAUGUCAUCAUGGGUAUCACUUUCCUGGCCGCGGGCACGAGUGUUCCAGACUGCAUGGCCAGCUUGAUCGUGGCCAGACAAGGCCUUGGAGACAUGGCAGUCUCUAACACCAUAGGAAGCAACGUGUUUGACAUCCUAGUGGGACUCGGCGUCCCGUGGGGCCUGCAGACCAUGGUUAUUAAUUAUGGAUCCACGGUGAAAAUCAACAGCCGGGGUCUGGUGUAUUCCGUGGUGCUGUUACUGGGCUCCGUCGCUCUCACUGUCCUUGGCAUCCACCUCAACAAAUGGCGGCUGGACCGGAAGCUGGGCAUCUAUGUGCUUGUCCUCUACGCCGUCUUCCUGUGCUUCUCCAUAAUGAUAGAGUUUAACGUCUUCACCUUCGUCAACUUGCCCAUGUGUCAAGAAGACGAAUAAGAGGAGCUGCCGCCCCGGGAGCUGUUUCAGCCACCUGUGACACUGGUGACCUCUUCUCUCUCUCCUUCCCCACCACAGGUCUGUCCUGCCUGGGCAGCCACCGUCUGUUCUUCAUGAGCUGGAAGGAAGGGCCAUUGUGGUCUUUGUGUAGUCACAGGCCAGCUGCUGGGCGUCCGUGCCUCCUGGAAUCCUGCCCCACUCGAGGCAGGUUUGGGGGUUCAUUUGAGCCGAGCAGCUCCGCAGACCCCUGAGCUGCCAGCCCCAGGGCUGUGUGUCUCUUUGUUUCUCGCACACUGUAGUCAGAGGGCCUCCGCGUGCAGUUUUCUUUCUGUCACCUGCACAGCCUUGACAUGAGGCAGUCAGUGAGUGCGAGGUCUCCUGGGGCCAAUGCAAAACAGAGCAGUUGCUCUCAAGUGACCUCUCUGGGUCACAGGGUGAGCCCCUUAGGCAGCACAUGGUACCAGCUGGCAGCUCUUGAGGUUUGGAGGAGGCAAGGCAUCAGCCUGCUGGGGGUUUGAGACCAGGAUGGCUGACUUUCCGCUCCUUUUUCUGGAAAAAAAUAAUUGGAAGAAUGGAAACUUUUUUUCCCCAGCAGAAGAGAGAAACACAAACAAAAUACUCUUAUUAUCCUUUUUAUUGAUGCAUUCAGAGAACAAGCAAUGAAAUACUAAAAAUAAAACAUCAUAUAGAUCAUCAUACUUGAAAAACAUCAUUCCACACAAAAGGAUCAUGAUGGGACCAAAAAGGUAACCCUUGCAAAAAGUGAAUCCUUUGUGUAUCAUCCUGCUUUGACUCUAAGACUUCUGGUUUGGAAUUUAGAAAGAGGUGAAAGACCACCAUGGAAUCAGGUGCUAACUCAGAGACACGGUAGGGUAAACUGUAACGUUUACGGCUAGACAUUCCAGACCUUCUGUAUGAUGCAACACACUGUCCCUCCAAGCAUGUUGUUUCUUGUUAUUGCUCUAAUUUCCAAAUCACCUGCGGAGAGACCCAAUUGUUUAUAUGCCCAACAAAUUGCAGAAGCGAUGGCUCAUGACAAGAAGAAAGAUUUCCUGAAACACACCAAAUUGCUCUCUGGUUAGCUGAAGGCAAGUAUGAAAACCAUAUUUUAGCAUGUUUAGAGCUAAGUUUCUUGAACCUUAUAGUUUGCUACACAUGAAAGUGGGGGUGGGGGUUGAUUUAAACAAGAUAGAAAAUAUGAAACAAUAUUUAGCUUCUUCAUAGCUCUAAAAUAUAUAUAUUUAAAGAUUUAUGAACAUAAACCAUUCUUGGGUUCUAAAAGGAAAGCACAAAUUAAUUUUAUAUAGAGUGUUUUUUUAUUUUUUUAAUGUUUCUAUUGCAAAAGUCUAUCAGAUGCGAAGCACUUUUAAUAUUGAGAUAUUUUGCACAAAAGAAGGCAUGGGACUGACCCAUAAUGAUGUGAGAAGAAAGGAUUUGAAUGAUUCACCAGAAAUUGCUUUAAACUGGUAAUGAUGAGUUUAAAUCCUGCAGUUAAUCCCUUCCUGAGAUGUGGGACUCAUCACCCACAUUGGAAUUUCUAACUAUGCCCUUUAAGGCCUCUGGAAUUUCCAAAGGAGGAAGUAUGCAAGCUUGUGUCCCUUAAGUUCCUGUCAGCAUGAACCCACCAUGGAACCUCAUUCCCAUUCCCAGCUUCUCUUCGGGGUUCACAUCAGUAUUAGUAGCUGCACCAAGUCAAGGGUUACUUUUAGACCUUCUUGCUGGAUAUGGGGCUCAGCAAUCUUCAAAUUGAAAUGAGUGAUUUUCCUAAGAAAUGAGCUAAGCAGGAAGGGAAGGAGCCCAUAGAUGCAUUGGGAUAAAUUGUAGUUGUGCAGGGUUUCAGAGCCACUGGGGAUCACUAUGUAUGCUGAGAGCUUCGGUCACCUGGCACACACACACACACACACACACACACACACACACACACACACCCCUCUGUUUCACAGACUCAUGCAAGUUCUGAAUUCUUCUGUUUCCAUUUUGAUUCUCCUAACAGCUGUGAUACAAGUAGGGAUUAUUCCAUUUAAUAACCAGUUUAGUCUUGGAGAGGUCAAGUGGUUCUAGUUACUGGCCAGUGAGUAGCAGACCUGGGCCAGGCAUCAGCCCAGCACCCUCCCAGCUCAGCCAGGGCACUCGGUUGUCCAGCCUGGGGUCGGGUGUGGCUAUUCAGGGCCAAGCCUUUGCCCUUGUCUGGGGUAAAACCUCAUCAAACACCUAAUUGGCUGCUGGUUCUCCAGGUCAUCUCCUAGAGAAGGAGAUGUCCUCCUCUGAGCUUCCUGUUUUUUCCUGCAAAAGACCAAAACCUCCUUUUAGUUAUGACAAGGCAUAGGUCACAUGGCCUCUGAAGAAUUUCCUGCUGGUUUUUAAUUCUCUGAAAUCCUUGUAUAACUUUCAGAGAAUAUUUCCCAAUUACUCUCAUCUUCUUCUGUGGAAUCCAUUUGAGAUUGUAAAGUAUACUGCAGUUGCAGUUAGAGGUUUAAAAAAAUUAUAUUUUUAAUAAUGUAGUGUAUUCCUCUUGGCUAGUUUCCUUUGGACUUCAAUGUGCCAAUGUAACUUCCUUAAGGCUCUAUGCAUUUAUUAUAUCCAGGAAACUAUAUGUACAGUAUAGUCAAAAAAUUCUGUUUUUAACUAAAUGUUUUUCCAUCGUGACUUUAAAGACUUCCUUGAUAAUUUAAGUCUUGGGGAUUUAGCUCAGCAGCAUAAGCACCUGCCUUGCAAGCAGGCGGUUGUGAGUUCGAUCCCCAGUACUGAUUUAAAAAAAAAAGUCUGCAAAGGUCCAGAUAACUUAAGUCUUCACUUUUUAAAACAAUGCUUUCACCAUUAUGCAGGAUUACUUCCUUUAUUUUAUGCCCACAGCUAAUUAGCUCAUUAGCAAGGGGUAAUUACUUCUGCUACAAAAAUAGUUUUUAAAAAACUGCAUGUAACUCUUCCAGAGGGAGGCAGAAAGUCAGAAUGAAGCACUGCACUCUGAUGGCGAAUGUCUAUAAAACAGGAGCAGGUGGUCCCCACCUCAAAAGAUUGGGAACUUACCCUCCCCAGCCUGAGCACUCUGGUGUGGAUGGGGUGCAGUGUCUUGGGAUCCUGGCCCUGGGGAUCAUUCUGGGUCAGCUGCCCUGAGAGCCUGAAAGUCAAGAGCACUGUGGGCAGGUCAGCCUCAUCCCCUCCCCGGCCCCAUCCUUCCUGGAACUCAGUCUCUAGUCUGCUGUCCCUUGUGCUCGUCUGCCUAUCUCCUGUGUCUCUGCUUUGUGCACAGACCUGGCUGCCCUUGUGACUUUCGCCUGCUCAUUCCCCUCCUCCCUUGUGAGGGUAACCUCUUGCUUUUCUCUGGCUGUUCCCAGCUUUUGCCAACCCAGCACUGUAAAGGCACAGACCUCCCCACAGCCAGGUUGAACCAGGUGAGAUUUGCAUCUCACUCAAGGGCAGCCCUAAAGAUCCUGACCCAAAAACCCCCAUCCUGGGCUGCCCUCUCCUUGUGCACCUGCUCUUCCUUGCUGGUGAGGCCUCGAAGCCUGAUCACAGCUGCUGCUACACCUGAGAGCGCUGGAACCCCAGCAGGUGGCCUUGGAACAGUAUCGGUACAUCCUUGCCCUGUACCUGGCUGUCUCCAGGCCUUGAAUCUUAUGGCCUCUCCUUUGCCUUAAUGCGGGGGGAGGAUCAUGGGCAGGAGGGACCAGGAGAGGCCCAUUCUUUUCCCCCUGGGAAAGGCAGACGAGGAGCCCAGAGCCAGGCCGAGGCUGCUUUCCACUCGCUCCCUCCCUCCCCGAAUGUGCAGUGGGCUCAUGGGGCUAAGAUACUAGAACAGUGGGAUCCUGUUCUACUUUUUAAAGUUUCCCCCUGGAGGUCAGCAGCUGAGAAGCUGAGAAGUCCGAGAGCUCCAGCGUCUCCAGUGCACAGUGGACACUGCGUGGCCUCCACAUCUCAGAUAUCUCCCACGGGCUCCCUACUGCUCCCCAGCAAUUCCCAUGGAGUCAGCCUUCCCUGUAGACAGUUAGCAGGUGUGUUCCAGACACCUGAGGUGGACUACAUCGGGGAGCCACUCUUGCCCUAGGGUGAGCAAGUGGAUGUCUAUUUACAAAUUAGAGAAGGGUUCUUUAUUCCCAUUCUUCCACACAUGGGAGCUGUCUUUGCAGGCAAGCCAUAUGAGUGAUUUUAGAGCUUUGAAUGUUUUAGGAGGAGUUAAAAAAAUUUCAAUGGCAAAUGGCUUCCAGGUUGCAUUUGUCUUUGCUGAAUCGUCAAACAUUUACAGGCGCACACUGCUAAGAACACAAGCCCUGCUUUGUGUCAUCGUUUGCCUGUGUGUUAUUAAGAUACCCUGCAACUCGUAUGGUGUCAGUCUCUAGUUUUUCAGGUUGUGUGUCUUCCUCUUGCUUCUUAGCAGGAGCUAGGAACUUUCUGUCUUACAGCCUGAAUGCCCUGGCACAGGAGAGGGGGCUGUGGGAUGCGUCUCUAAGAGGUGAAAACACACACUGCCUGUGUGAAGGUCAAGGCCUUGUCUAUGUGGCUUUUCUGUCCGUUACAGUCCCCGAGCUGGGGUGUGACUGUUCCUUCGUUAAAAGCCCAUUGACAGGUCUGCCCACACCUAUUCCCACUCUGCUGCCAGAAUCCAAACAGUUGCUCCUUAUGCACCAUGUUAGUUGGGAUUUUUCCAUUUACAAGGCCAACGGAACCCUCAGUCCUGCAGAAAGCACGUAACCUUUGCAUCUGCUCACUGGAAAACAAUUUUUUUAAAGAGAAGGACCAUGAAACUUUUGAUUUUCUAGAUGCAUGUUUCAGAAUAAUCAGGGUUUAUAUACAAAGGGAGGGUCCCAGACCACAGUAGAGUUGCCUUCCAACAGGAAGAGGCCUUUCCUCCUUCUGAGGGUGACUUGGCUGUGAGCCAGGCUGCUGUUUCCCCAAUGUUCUGGUGGACUCUUCUGGCUCCUGGGGACCCUGCCUCACAUCGCAUCUUGGCCCCUCAGCGCCAGAGCCCCCAUAACCUACUCUGGGUUUUGCCAUGUGGCUCACACUAGGGAUAUUUGGGAACCCAGCAGACAGAAUCAUGGCUGGGCCACGGUGACUGGAGAUUCCAUAGGGUGGGGAGGCUUCAUGCAUAAGACCGGGCUUCCAGUUUACAGCACUCAUUCCCUGGCAGGGCGCCUCUGCCUGUGUCUCCCAUCCAGCUGGGAGCAGUUGCUGAUGUCUGAACACAAAGAGAGCUUUGAUUGCCCAGAGAGGAAAGAGGCUGCUGGCCAGCUGGGGCCAGCUCCAGGGCAGGGCAGGAUCUCCAAGACGAGGGCCAAGCAGGGUGAAGGGGAAGGCUGGCAAGAUUUCUCCAGGGUGUUUGGAUCUUCUUGAGGUACAGCCAGAACCUCCUUAUAAACAACCCAUCCAGCUUCUGGGGCUGUCCACACAUGGCCCCCUGGAAGACAUUGCUGACAAGUUGGGCCGAGUGCCGCCAUCUUUGUUCUCUCUCUUUGACAGGCAGAGCAGGAGCAAUGGGUCAGAAAGUUGUAAAUAAUAAAUAUAUUUAUGCCGCUAUUUAUUUUUUCAAUACCUGUGGCCUCCUGCACUGUGAAUGCUCUGUGAUAUGAGAUUCUUAGUUCAAUAAAAACUGUCAUCAAAUUGGAAUGAAUUGAUAUUACUGGUUCCUAAACGCUGGCAUGAGUUUACUUUUAUUGUAAAGAAAAACCUACAGUAAAUAUGAACUAAACUUUCCUGAGAAAUCUAGCAGUCAGUAUUGUAAUGCAAUAUAUCAAAAAAUCUGUACACUGUCAAUAAAAUAAGCGAGCACAAGCUGUCUUGCCCCCUGUAGAGCUUCCAUUCACCUUUUCACAGACAUAUACAUGUUUGUAUUUUUGGAAAAAAAUUACACUGGAAUAACAGCCAUUGGAAACCAUUUCUAUUUGCAUACUGAGAAAAAAAUAAACUUCAAAAAGGA